UGGUGGUGCUAUGGUGGUGCUGCUCCCACGCCACCGGUAUGCUCCUGCUGCUGCUGCUGCUGCACUCCUGUAAGCUGAUGUAACAGUUGCAAUGCGACGCAGCAGCUGCUACUGCCAGGUGUUCAUGCUGCUGUGUUGUGCCUAUGCUUGUUUGUUGCUGCUCCUGUUGCUCUGUUGUUCCUAUGUUUCUGCUGCUUUGGCGGCGGUGGCUGAUGCAGCACUGGCUCCUGCUGAUGGUACUGCUGUUGCGGCCGCUGCUAUGUUGAUGUUAUCUGAUAAUGCUGAUGACUAUGGUGAUGCUGAUGAUGACUAUGGUGCUGAUGAUGACUAUGGUGCUGAUGAUGCUGAUGGUGCUGAUGAUGCUGAUGAUGCUGAUGAUGCUGAUCAUGCUGAUGAUGCUGAUGAUGCUGAUGAUGCUGAUGAUGCUGAUGAUGCUGAUGCUGCUGCUGCUGAUGAUGAUAUGUGGGCAUGCUGCUGCAUUGAUCAUGUGUUUCUGCUACCUUACUCCAAUGCGAUGGUGUUAUGCUGCUCCUGCUGAUGCUACUAGUGCUGAUUUGCACUGGUGCUACUACUGAUAAGGCUCCUGUCGCGAACUGCUUUGACCAUCA